CUUUGCACAUCAGUAGCCUCUGUAGUAUGGCACAGGACGCGAACAUCGAUGUGACACUACCUUGCAACGCCUUCCUUUAGAACUUCAGUAGGCAAUACCGACAGAUCUAAAGCAGACGCUGUGUUAUAUAGUGGCCAUACAAGCUGAGAAACAGCUGUAUCUGAACUAGUUCUGGCGAAACCAAGGUAGAAUUCUUCUUGCGACUCUUUUUUUACACUACAAGUAAGAGCGACAUUUGUCUCAUCACGCCAGAUCUAGUCCAUACUUUGAUCCUCAGAAGUAGAUUCCAGCAAGUUCUGGCUGGAUCACAGUUGACUUUUCUAGAGAAAUAUGGAUAAGAAUACCCGUUUAAACAGACAAGGAUCCAGACUACGAAGACAGGAAUGGCAGGACUACAGCUCCUCCGAGAACGAAGAACUUGAUCCCCAGAAAGAUUACUGUUACAGAGAAGAUCACACCCAUCAAUAUGAGGAUCCAAGGAGUGUUGGAGAUCCAAGAAAGCAAGUAGCUGACAGAGGUAGAGGUCAAGGCAGCAGCAGUGGAACAGGCAGCAGUGGCCGUUCUUACAGCACUCAUAGCAGUUUGGAGCUCCUCACGGGAAGAAACUACGGUGGCGUCAGCGGUUCCGAAGGAGAGAUGGAACGGGAAAACCGCUACGGGCAAGGAACUGGAAAGGGAAACAAUGCCCUUAUUCCACAAGGAAAACAGCCUCUUCAGUACCCAGCAUACGCAUCUCUUCCAAGAAAAGGUCCCCGCUCUGGGGCAGGAUCUGUUCGGGAGCAGCAGCAACCAACAACGCACGUAGAUCCUGUACUGAAUCCCCCAGAAACCGCUAAUCCAAUAGGAAGAUUAUCUUUCUCGCUGCGUAGGGGGGCUUCCUCCUCUUCAACAUCUGAUAAUAACUCCGAUGCUACGUACACAGAUUCAGAACCUAUGACCCGCCGAAGAGGAAGGCUAGAAGGCAAAAAUGUAUUCCGUGACAGUCCACCGGAGCCAGCGCCCCCUGUUAUUCCACCCCGAAGCAUUCCAUCAGUUCACCAUGUGGAAGCACUUGGUAUGAGACCCCGACUCGGAUAUCUUGAGAGUGAAUGUGAAUCGGAACCCCCGUACUUGCCAACCAUGCUUCCAUCGGGCUUGAGUGCCUACACAUCUCAAGACUUGGUCGAAAAUAAUUUUUACCUGUUAUUGAAAACAAGUAUUCGGUCAGUGAUUGUUAAUGGUAUUUUAUCUAGAAUUUACACUCAACCACAAAACCCACUGAGAACAGAUUUGCUCUGCAACAACGUUCCUGUGACAGCAGUACCAUCUGGGGGAACGAACAAUGUGCCAACUACUUCUUCAGGCCCAACCUAUAGCAACCCGCUUCCAGUGUUCUGCGGUACUCCCAAUUCCACCACUGGUCCUAUGGUUCCUGUUACCAAUUGCGUCAACCCUCAGUUAAUUCAGGCCUCUACGUCCCACAACGCUAAAAGGCCUCCAUUCUCUGCUACUUCCGCUUUCACUUCCGCUACCAUUUCCUCUUCCCGUUUUCAUUUCCGGAAAUCAUGCAGUCAUCGGUGCUCAUGGAAAAUGGCAACAAUUGUCUUGAUUCUGGUUACUAUUGUUCUCACCGCCACAAUGGCAUAUUUUGCUGCCACGAGCAUUUUGAUGGUAAGUCCAGAGAGCAAUAAGCCUUGCAUUGUGGUAGAUGACGGGGAGAGAUCUCAAAGUAUGGUGAACUUUAUAACUCCAGCUUCAAAAGGAAAUAUUGGCUAUUACCCAUCGCCAUGCCUCUCCAUACCAAGCGAUGUAGCCUACUAUUCACAGAUUGGUCUAGAUUCAUCCUUGUCGAAACGAUUGGAUUCUCGUCAUUCUUGGACUGUGUGGUUCAACCAAACAAAAUCUGCAUGGGUUCGAUUCAACUUGACUGCACCACGCAGCGCAAAGCUCGCUCUGUUUGCAAGAAGAAACUUUCCUCCGUCUUUAACAAUGUAUGAUUUAUUUGAAAUAAUUAACCCAGAACAGACUCGCUCUUACAGACGAGCUGCAGUGCAGCUGGAAGAAGUGAAUUUUCUUCAUUAUUUGGAACCCGGCCCAUGGUACAUUUCUAUCAUCAAUGAUGACCAGAAGGAAGCAACUACGGUUGCCUUUCAUCCUUCAGUUGCAAAUGACGUUCCGACCACGUGCCCUAACAAUUGCAAUCGUAACGGGAACUGCCAACUUGGAAAGUGCCACUGUUUCCCAGGUUACAUAGGCCAUGAUUGUGCUGACAACGUCUGCCCAGUGCUGUGUAACAACCAUGGGCGUUACGUUCAUGGCACGUGUCGAUGUGACAAGGGAUGGAAGGGUGCAGAAUGCAAUGUUCCAGCUGGAGAAUGUGAAGUUCCUGAUUGUAACCGCCGAGGCAAGUGCAUAGAAGGCAUAUGUACCUGUGAACCUGGCCAUAAAGGACAAUACUGUGAAGAGGUUGACUGUGAGGAUCCUACGUGCUCUAACCAUGGGGUUUGUGUGAAAGGGCAGUGCUGGUGUAAGAUUGGGUGGCGAGGAGUGAAUUGCAGCCAAGCCGACGACAGGCUCAGCAGGUGCUUUCCAGAUUGUUCUGCUCAUGGAGUGUACGACCUCGACAGCGAAACGUGCAUGUGUUUCGAACACUGGACGGGAACAGACUGUUCCAAGGCCACGUGCAACUUGGACUGUGGCCCCCACGGGCGUUGCGAGGAAGGUCGAUGUCAGUGUGAGAAGGGGUGGACAGGCCUCCACUGCGAGGAACGAACGUGUGACCAGCGCUGUUUGGAUCAUGGCCAAUGUAACAACGGCACAUGUAUUUGUAUUCAAGGCUGGAUGGGUCGACAUUGUUCUUUGGAUGGUUGUCCUAAGAGCUGCCACAGUCAUGGACACUGCGUUAGACAAGAAGACACUUGGUUAUGCCAGUGUGACCUGGGCUGGGGUGGUAAGGACUGUGGAGUCCCUCAAGAAAUCAACUGUAGAGAUGAAAAGGACAAUGAUGGAGAUGGCCUGACUGAUUGCGCAGACAGCGAAUGCUGUAACCACGAGGGGUGUAAAGACAACGUACUAUGUAUGUCAUCUCCCGAUCCUCUAGAUAUUCUCCUUAGAAAACAGCCACCAGCUGUCACUGCCUCAUUUUAUCAGAAAAUGAAAUUUUUAAUAGAUGAGGACAGUGUUCAGAACUAUCCUCACAGAGACGAAUUUUCCGAGAGCCGAGUAUCCGUCAUCCGUGGCCGAGUGGUCAGUAAACAAGGAGAUGGUCUGACCGGAGUUCGAGUCGGUGUUGCUGCCGGUCACCAUUUUGGAUUUACACUCACGCGUAGAGAUGGCUGGUUUGACAUUCUUGUCAAUGGGGGAGGCGCAGUGACAUUAGAGUUCCAAAGAAGUCAUUUUCAUCCAAUCAAGCGUACAAUCAUGGUGCCCUGGAAUGACAUUGUUGUCAUGGAAACAGUUGUUAUGUCGGUCACAUUGGAAGAUAAUUCAUCUGGUGGCAGCCAAGAUCAGCAGGAUCCCUGUCUUGCCCACGACUAUGACGUCAUGAAACCAAUCGUCUACCAGACAUGGCGCCCUGGUUCUCAGGGAGGUUGUACAGAGAAGAGUGUACUCGUUGCCGAAACACAAGUCCUUCAAGAGACAGUCAACAUUCCCGGUUCAGAUUUGCAUCUAGUAUACCACAGUAGUCAUGCCCAAGGUUAUCUCUCCACAAUUCAUCUUCAGCUGACACCCUCGAAAGUGCCCGAGACACUGCGGCUCGUUAUUCUUCGUAUUGUCGUAGAAGGUAUACUAUUUGAAAAGACUUUUGAAGCCGACCCUCAUAUUAAGUACACAUACGCUUGGAAUAAAAGAAACAUCUACAAGCAGAAAGUGUUUGGACUAACGACAGCAAGAGUCUUCGUGGGCUAUAAAUACCACACAUGCCAAGGGGUGGUGUGGACAGCCCAAGCCAUUACCAUCAGGGGUUACGAUAUGGAUGUUUCAGAACUUGGAGGAUGGAAUCUCGACAUCCACCAUCGUUAUAAUUUCCAUGAAGGAGUGCUACAAAAAGGUGAUGGUUCCACAAUCUAUUUCCGCCAGCAACCUAGAGUUAUAUCUGUUCUUAUGGGCACGGGACAGCAGCGUCCUCUACUCUGUCCAGAAUGUAAUGGCAUGGCUAGAGAAAACAAGCUUUUAGCGCCGGUAGCACUGACAAGUGGACCAGAUGGCAGUGUGUACGUAGGGGACUUUAAUCUAGUCCGGCGUAUCAAUCCCCUGGGACAAGUUUACACCUUGCUUCGGAUGAGGACAACAGAGGUGUCUUAUGAGUAUCAUCUAACCUUGAGUCCAACUGAUGGCCAUCUCUACAUCUCAGACGCUGAACGGCACCAAAUCCUUCGCGUGCGUUCCCUAGACAAGGUCGAAGAUGCUGACUCCAAUUUUGAAGCGGUGGUAGGUAGUGGAAAAAGAUGCCUUCCGGGUGACAAACAGAACUGUGGAGACGAGGGCCCUGCCAUAGAAGCCAGACUUUCUUAUCCUAAAGGGAUGGCAGUUGCAGUAGACAGUACCUUAUAUUUAUUUUCUUUCAGGGAUGGCAGUUGCAGUAGACAGUACCUCAUAUUUAUUUUCUUUCAGGGAGUACAACUACGCUGGCCGACAGAGCUAGCGAUAAAUCCACUAGAUGGAGCCUUGUAUUUUAUUGAUGACCACAUGGUACUCAAACUUACAAAAGACAAGCGGGUGAUGGUCGUUGCCGGAAAACCAGUUUACUGCAAGACGAACACUCACCAAAACCUGAAAUCUCGGAUGACGACCGAAACGACUCUUGGUUCAUUGAUCAGUUUUGCAUUCGGUCCUAAUGGUGUAAUGUACAUCGCCGAAGGUGUCAAUCACAAUGCUCAUAGAAUCAGAAUGGUGACCCCUGACGGAGAAAUUUUACACUUUGCUGGGAAAGACAGGACCUGCUCAUGUGCAUGGCAAAACUGUACAUGUGAGUUUAAAGAAAAUUCUCUGGCCAUGGAGACCAAACUGUUUGCAGUCUCCUCACUGACUGUUACUAGUGACAAUGUAGUCCAUAUUGCUGAUCAAGGAAGCUUACGAAUCUUGACUGCAGUUCCUUACCUCCCUCAGCCUAGUGACAAACUAGAGUUCAACAUAGCCUACCCGGAUAACCACGAGAUAUACGUUUUCAACAAGUAUGGUCAACAUAUAAAGACAAAAAGUGUCCUUACUGGAAAGACCAAGUACACAUUUUUGUACAAUGUCAACACUAGUUAUGGAAAACUCACGGCUGUAACUGACGCUUCGGGAAAUAAAGUUGCGUUUUUGCGUGAUUCCGGAAAUAGUCUUCAUACUAUUGAGACUGCAAGGGGGUUGAAAUGCAGCGUCCAGGUUACUAAGAAGGGACUGUUGGAAAUCCUAGUAGACCCUGACAGGCUACAGACUUAUUUCGAUUACGACAGCACCGGUUUAUUAACCAGCCGCUCUGAUGGUGCUGGCAGGACAUUCUUCUAUGUUUAUGACGAAAAUGGGCGGCUGAGUCGAGUGAUUAAACCAAGUGGACGAAUGACGUCCCUGGAGUUUGAUUUAGGCCCAGAAGGAGCUUCAGUUAAGUCUGAAGAUUCAGAUGGAACGAAUCACGUAAUGGUUACAGUUAAAGGCCAAAAAGUCAUCAAUAAAUUAGGUGGCGCCCCUUUCCAGGCUACUCUUCAUCAAGAUCGUUCAAUCGAGGUGGAAACACCUUGGGAUCAGGGAGUAAUUUGGGAAACUUCUCCGCAUCAAGCAUUGCAAGAGAUUUUGCCUAUCCAGGCAGGUAUGUUUCCCAUCCCUGUCAGACAGAUCACCUUCUGGGGAAUAGAGCCGGCCAACACUCUCGAGUGGCACUAUGACGUCAAAUAUGACAGAAACGAUAAAGUAGAGUCCCAGAAUCCAGUAACAGCCGUAACUGCUGUGAAGAGGAUUCUUUUGGUGAACGGCGUUCAUUUUUUUACGGUGGAAUACGACUGGGAAGCCGGGAGAGAAAUCGUCUACAACAGUUCCAGACGUCCUUUCUUAAUGGUACAGUACGACAGCUCCUCAAGACCGAUCAAGUGGUUACCCACCGACACGAGGCGGGCACUACUUGUUAGUUAUGACCGUCUGGGACGCCUAUCAGGCUGGAGACAGGAUCCACUGGAAGAAAAAUUUGAAUACGAUCGUAUGGGCCACCUGUCGGAGAUCACUUAUGCCAACAACAACGUACUUAGAUACACUUACGAUGGGCAAACAAGGCCUGAAAAAGUUAUUCUACCUAGUGGACGUACUUUCAUCUACCGCUAUGAUCAAAACGGCGGACUGAAAGAGAUCAUCACUCCAAAAGAAAGUCUUCAUACAUUUUUAGCCCAUGCUUCCAUUGGCUUCUAUAAAUUAUAUUACACUCCUCCAGGUAAUAAUGGGAAAUUCGUAACUCAUUUCAAUGACUUCCAACUUCCGGUUUUGGUGAUUUACCCUGGAGACAAAGGACGAGUGGCCUAUCGGUAUAAUAACCAAUCGUUAUUGACAGCCAUCAUUUUCGGUGGAGGAAAGAUUGAAAAAAACUAUACAGUUUCAGGUUUUGUUGAAUCCGAGGCUUGGUCCAACGGAUAUGUUGAAGUGAAGAAUGAAUACGUGUAUGAAGGAGCCUUACUUUUGCAGUGUAGAUACGUCUACAGGAGCAACUUCAGCUUGAAUAGCACUGUUUUCUACUACGAGUAUGAUAACCAUUUUCGAGUAAAACGAAUAUCUGCGCGAAUAGAUAACCUACAGAUUCCAACAGUAGACUUCGCAUUCAGCUCCAUAACAGGCUCUUUUAAGCAGAUAGGUGGUUUUAAGAUUUUUGAAGCUAAUGGGAACAAAACUAUCAUUUCGGAUGACGUGGCUUCGUUUACUCGCGAAGUAGACGCCUUACAUAGGGUGCGCCACAUGUCUUUAUUGGUCAUGGGCAAGGAAGUAUACAAAGUGGUUCUACACUAUAAUGAUAGAGAUUUAGUGAGUCAGGCCGAAUAUUUUAUUAAGCAGUCAGAAGAUCCUUCGAAAACAAAUAUUUUGAAUUACUCUUAUGACAGCGAUGGGCAGCUAAAAGAGGUAAAAAGUGACGAAGAAUGGAGGUUUGCUUAUGACAGUAAUGGUAACCUAAUAACCAUAAAUUAUAAUCGUAAUCGUAUUGACAUCCUUCAUGAUACAGAAGACCGGAUUGUUAGUUUUGGUGAAACCUCUUAUGUAGUGGAUGGUCGUGGCUUUGUCAUAGAAAGAGGUGAGGAACAUUUCUCGUAUAACACUAAAGGCCAACUCCUCAGUGUUCACAGAUUACUAAGGUAUCACGUGGACUACUAUUACGACGCCAGAGGAAGACUGGCAGCGCGAAAAGACAGUUUAGGAAACGUUACCCAAUUUUUUUAUACAGACAUCCAACGCCUGCACUUGCCCACUUAUGUCUACAAUAACAACGAUGGAAGAAUUAUCUCUAUUCUCUAUGAUGACAGAAACUUACCAAUAUACGUGGCCCUUAACGACGAGAAGUUUUACGUGGCAACAGAUCACAAUGGAAGUCCACUGGCUGUUUUUGACUCAAAAGGGGAAAUUCUCAAGAAGAUCAUUAGAGGGCCUUAUGGGUCUGUUUUAAUUGAUAAUAACCCUACUUUCUAUCUACCGGUCGAUUUUCAAGGUGGGAUCAGGGAUUCGCUAACCGGAUUGAUUCACUUUGGAGAUCGUAUCUAUGAUCCGUUUGCAGCUACGUGGAUGACUCCAGAUUGGGAUGGUGUCAUUCAGAAGGCCAGGGAUCCACUGAGCUUAAACCUAUACACAUUCAAUAAAAAUGACCCAAUUAAUAUGCCAAGAUCCCUCCCUAGCAAACUGGAUUUAAAAGGCUGGAUAAAACAUCAAGGCAUUAACUUAGAUCAUCUUGGACUUGCAGCUGCUAAUGUAUUUGCAUCAGUCUACCAGUCAUCUCUCCCUAAGCUGAAUUUAGAUAUACCCUCUGUUUCUUUGGUGUCUGGUUACAUAUGCUCUAUAAGUAAGAGGUUGGAGAGUUUCGCCAUCUUGUCAAAUGUUGAGAAAUCGAAGGUGAAACGAGAACAGUUGUUCGAAUCUGUUUCACCCAAGUUUAGCAUGGAAAGUGUACCUUUUGGAAAAGGAAUCAUUCUUUCUCGGGUGCACGGGAAAGCUAUUGUUAGGUCUGUCAAAGAAGCUGACUCUAUUCGACGUAACGUGUUUACCUCCGUCUUUAAUGGAUCAUAUCUGCUCGACCUCCACCUUUUCAUGCAUAGUAUGGACGUGUUUUACUUUGUCAAGGACAGCACCUGGCGUGUAAGCGAGGAUUUGAACCAGCUACAGCGCUUAGGAACCUCUAUUAAUACCACCGUGUACGAUGGUAAAACAGAAGGCGGGAAAGGAACACAUGCAGAUAUUCGCAUUCACACGCAACAUGCCAUCAUUAACAUUCGUUACGGUACCACACCAAGCAAAGAACGACGUCGAUUGUUACGCCAUGCCAAGAAACAUGCUGUUGGUCAACGUUGGGCCCACGAACGUGACAUGAUAAUGCUAAAUCAAGAGAGCGCUCAACGCUGGACUGAGAAAGAAAAGGAACAUAUUGUAAACUCCGGAUCAGUCCCUGGUUACCGUGGAGAUUACUUUCAUGAUGUGGAGAUGUAUCCAGAGCUUGCUGACGACCCUUCAAAUAUUGUUUUUCACGAGUCCAAAGAGAAAAGCACUAGGUGACGGCGAUACAGGAUGUCAAGAUAAGGCAAGAAACACCAAUCAUCCGAAAGUUAGAGGUUUCAAAUGGUGUGUGUUUCAAAAGGAACAAGAACAAUGCGUUGUCCGAACAGUUUCUAAUAUUUAAUAUUAACUAAACUGUGCCACAAGAACUGAGAAAGUGUUUGAAAAUUGUACCCUAGAAGUUUACUGGUUCAGCCAUACCUUCGUGCCUGGAGACCCUUACUACGUUAAUUAUAACGAGCUUCUUGGUUAAAACUGCGUAGCGUAUUGGGAUUUGAGAUACAAAACCGAAAAAAAAAGAUCCAUUCAUAUUUCGUUUCUUUGUAGGAUGGAUAGAAUUAUUUCAGUUUUCAUUAGAAAACUGAAAGACAUGAUCUAUAGUUGAGUCAAUGAAAACACAUUUCCCCCCCCCUCUCCCCUCGAAAUGCACUAUAAUGCUUAAAGAAAUUGUUUUGUCAGAAGCCCAUAUGAAUGAAGAUAUAGUGGAAAACAACAAAUUGAAGAAAA